AUGAUGCCGCGAUGCCGCGUCUCCGGACGCUUCGCGCUCGAGCGCCCCCAUCUCCCAGCGACCAGAGCUCUCUCCAGGCCCCUGUCCCGGACCCGGGCCGCGACGCCGCCCUGCCUCUCGAGUCACUACGCCUGCGCUCGCCCCUUGCCCGCCCUCCGCUCGCGACUAAACCUGGCAUGCUUCUCGACGACUGCCAUGGCCAGCAAGGAAAAGGAUAACAAGGACAAGGGCGGCAACUUCUUCGACUCCGCCGUUGAACCACCCACCGAACCGCUUUCGGAAGAGGAGGUAAAGGCCAAUCUCGACAACAACAAGAAGGAGCUCGACGACAAGGCUGUCCCAGAACCCAAAGCCAGCGACGCCGACUUUACCGUCUCUGCCAAGACCGAAGGAAGCGGCUCCCCGGCGUCGGAUGACGGCGGCUCCAGUGGCGAUGGGGGAAAACGGGGUCGCAAAUCGACCGAGAAAGCGCUCCAGAAGCCUGUCGUGCCCGAAGUAUACCCUCAGGUGCUCGCCAUCCCAAUCGCUCGGCGGCCGCUCUUCCCCGGUUUCUACAAAGCUAUAACCAUCAAGGAUCCAGACGUCGCCACCGCCAUCACCGAAUCCAUCAAGCGUGGCCAGCCAUACGUUGGCGCCUUUCUCUUCAAGGACGAAAACGAAGACGAGGACAUCAUUAGGGAUGCCAAUGACGUGUAUGACGUCGGCGUCUUCGCACAGAUUACGAGCGCCUUUCCCAUACACGGCCAAGAGGGCGCCUUGACCGCCAUCCUAUACCCCCACCGCCGCAUCCGACUCUCCAGCCUCUUGCCACCGGGCGGCCAUGAUGCCAAAAAGGCCGAUACAAAGGCCGACACCAAAGCCGAAGCAAAGGUCGAGCCCGAGGUGCCGCAGCCCAUCCCCUCCAAGCCUGCCGAGGACGAUGCCAGUCAAGAUAAAAAGGGAGACGUGGUGGCAAGCUUCGAAGAGGCGGCCGUGGAGAAGAAGCCAGACCAAGUGGCGGAGCGAUACGAACCCACCUCGUUCCUCAAGCGAUAUCCCGUCAGCCUCGUCAACGUGGAGAACCUGGCAGACGAGCCCGUCGAUCCCAAGAGCCCGGUCAUUCGGGCUGUCACCAACGAGAUUGUCAACGUCUUCAAGGAGGUUGCCACCAUGAACAACCUCUUCCGCGACCAGAUAUCAACCUUUUCAAUGAGUCAGUCUACCGGUAACGUGACCUCAGAGCCCGGGAAGCUCGCCGAUUUCGCCGCCGCCGUGUCCUCGGGGGAGCAGAAUGAGCUGCAGGAAGUGCUUGCAUGCAUGAACGUGGAGGAAAGGAUGCAAAAGGCUUUGAUCGUGCUGAAAAAAGAGCUCAUGAACGCCCAACUGCAAUCCAAGAUUACCAAGGACGUGGAGAGUAAGAUUAGCAAGCGGCAGCGCGAGUACUGGCUCAUGGAGCAGAUGAAGGGCAUCCGUCGCGAGCUCGGCCUCGAAUCCGAUGGCAAGGACAAGCUGGUCGAGAAGUUCAAGGAAAAAGCCGGUAAGCUGGCCAUGCCCGAGGCGGUCCGCAAAGUCUUCGAAGAGGAGCUUAACAAGCUCGCUCACCUGGAAACGGCUGCCUCUGAGUUUAAUGUGACUCGGAACUACCUGGACUGGCUCACUCAGAUUCCGUGGGGGCAGAGGAGUCCCGAGAAUUUCGGCAUUCCCAACGCCGUCAAGGUACUGGACGAAGACCACUAUGGCCUGCAGGACGUCAAGGACCGCAUCUUGGAGUUUAUCGCCGUGGGCAAGCUGCGCGGCACCGUCGAGGGAAAGAUACUCUGCUUCGUCGGCCCCCCCGGUGUCGGCAAGACAAGCAUUGGCAAAUCCAUCGCUAGGGCCUUGAACCGACAGUACUACAGGUUCAGUGUCGGAGGCCUGACCGAUGUGGCGGAAAUCAAGGGCCACCGCAGGACAUAUGUGGGCGCGCUGCCGGGCCGGAUUGUUCAGGCAUUGAAGAAGUGUCAGACCGAGAACCCGCUCAUCUUGAUCGACGAGGUCGACAAGAUCGGCCGGGGAUACCAGGGAGAUCCCUCUUCGGCACUGCUCGAGCUCCUGGACCCGGAGCAAAAUAACUCCUUCCUGGACCACUACAUGGAUGUGCCGGUCGACCUGUCCAAAGUCCUCUUCGUGUGCACUGCCAACAUGACAGACACGAUUCCGAGGCCGCUUUUGGAUCGCAUGGAAUUAAUCACGCUCUCGGGUUACGUCGCGGACGAGAAGAAGGCCAUUGCCAACAGGUACCUUGCUCCGGCGGCAAAGGAAGCAGCCGGCCUCAAGGAGGCACAUGUCGAGCUCACCGGCGAGGCGAUCGAGGAGCUCAUCAAGUCGUACUGUCGGGAGUCGGGUGUUCGCAACUUGAAGAAACAGAUCGAAAAGGUCUAUCGAAAGUCUGCCUUGAAGAUUGUUCAAGACCUCGGAGAGGAGGUCAUCCCUGAGGACGAAGCCCUGACAGAGGAUGGCAAAUCAGCAUUGCAAGCAGAGGAGCGAAAGUCGGAAGACGCGAGCGAAGGCGCAGCGGCCGAGGGAGGGGACAAGAGUGUUGCGGAAUCAGACGAGGUGGAGACGACGGAAAAGCCGCGGAAGCCACUGAGUGUGCCGGACUCGGUCCACAUCGAGAUCGGAAAGGACAACCUCACCGAUUACAUCGGACCGCCCGUGUUCACAUCGGACCGCCUCUACGACGUGAGUCCACCCGGCGUGUCCAUGGGCCUGGCUUGGACCCAGAUGGGCGGCGCGGCCAUGUACAUCGAGUCUAUCCUGCAGGCGCCACUGAGGCCCAGCACCCGGCCGCAACUGGAGAUCACGGGCAACCUCAAGUCGGUGAUGAAGGAGUCGACGACGAUCGCCUACUCGUUCGCCAAGUCCUUCAUGGUCAAGCAGUUUGCGGACAAUCACUUCUUCGACAAGGCCAAGCUGCACCUGCACGUGCCCGAUGGGGCCGUCUCCAAGGACGGGCCGUCGGCUGGCAUCACCAUGGCGACCUCGCUCUUGUCCCUUGCCUUGGACGCCCCUGUCAACCCGACGGUGGCCAUGACGGGCGAGCUCACCCUGACGGGCAAGGUGCUGAGGAUCGGCGGCCUGAGGGAGAAGACGGUGGCGGCGAGAAGAGCGGGCUGCAAGACCAUCAUCUUCCCCAGCGACAACACGUCGGACUGGCUGGAGCUGCCUGAGAACAUCAAAGAGGGUAUCGAGGGUCACGCGGUCGGGUGGUAUGGCGAGGUAUUUGACCUCGUGUUUCCCGACCUCGAUCGCAAGCAGGCGAACGAAUGUAAGAUUUGCGAGUGGAAAAGCCAGCAGAAGGAGGAGCCUGAGCGACCCCAAGAGGACGAAUAG